GCAAGAUGGCCGCGGGAGAGGGAAGACUGUUUGAGAAAUCAUCAAAUGGGAUGUUUAUCUGCCGUUAACAGGAUGCACUGCUGCCCCAGAGAAGGAGUGGUUAGUCUAUUAGCAUCGCCGGGUCAGUGUGGAGCGGUUCACCGCUGCUCUCUGCGCUGUGUUCCGGUCCGUCUGCCGGUUUUUGCCCUGACAUUGUGGAAUUCAUCAACAGCUAGGCGUUAGCUGGAAGCUAGCAGGUUGCUAUCCAAGGAAACCUUCUCCUCCCAACAACUGCUGGGAUUUCUGUAUAGAAAAACAAGGGUGGCGAACCCGUCCUGAUUGGCAAUGGAGUGGUCUUGGCUUCAGACUGGAUGACAGGGUCCAGAGGGAGGACAGGAUAGCAAAGUUUCUGAAUCAGCAACUUGCUUCGCUGAUCAGUAGUGGCAGCUCGUUCCAGGAUCGUCCUUUUUUUCUCCGAUUGGAAUCGCCUCCGCCUCCCUCAUCUUUUCCCCCUCCUGCACCCUCUCCUUCUGUCCCGGUCCCUUUUUCUCUGUACUCGGACUUUCUCUUUUUCUUCUCCCCCUUGUAUUUGAGUCUGUGAGACCUUUCACCUGCCUCCUGCCGGGUUCGGAAUGAGUUGGCUUAGCAGGUUGAACCCACGGUCCGGCCGCAGCGCCGUCACCUCCGCUGCCCCCUCCAGCCCGUGCACUGCUGACCCAGAGACCUGCCUCAUGGUGUUUGAGAACCACUGGAGACAGGUAUCUUGGGUUCUGGAUCAGCGAGAGACAACAUCCUCUAGCGACGACCUGACAGCUGUGAGAAAUAACACCGACCAGAUGUUAUGUCUGCUGGCGGAGGAGCGCCCCACGGACAGCACGGAGGGCGGCUCAUGCGCGGCGCCCAUGGGCCCGAUACUGGAGCUGGUGGUCACAGAGAACAUCCUGGAGCGCCUGGUUCAGUGGCACCUCCGGCGCGGCCUGGACCCAGACAGUCAGGGGGCUCUGCUCAAGCUGUUCGAGAUGCUGAUCGGCCAGUCGCAGCAGCCUCUGCUGCAGCACACGGCCGUACUUCACCCGCUGCUGAGGCUGCUGGGAGCAUGCGCUGACCCAGAACUCGGCUGUCCCUUAGCUUUGGAGAACAGCCUUGUACUGCUGCUUAAUCAGGUUUGUGUGACCAUGGCUCGGCAGCCGGUGGUCUUGGAGAUGCUGUUCCAGGCUGCACCUGCCAAACAGGGCUCCACCAAUCUGCUGAUCUUCUCCCUGCUGGUGCCGUUCAUCCACCGGGAUGGAGCCAUCGGACAGCAGGCUCGAGAUGCACUGCUGCUGGUCAUGGCGGCCUCGGCCAGUCACGAUGCAGUGGCGCGAUACAUCACUGAAAACUCCUACUUCUGCCCGGUGUUGGCGACGGGGCUCAGCGCCCUCUACUCCUCUCUGCCCAGGAAGAUCGAAGUCCGAGGAGAUGACUGGCAUUCUCUGCGGCGGGAGGACUGGAUCGGCGUGUCGUCUCUCGUGCUUUUUAUGAACUCUUUGGAGUUCUGUAACGCGGUGGUGCAGGUCGCACAUCCCAUGGUCCGCUCUCAGCUCCUGGACUACCUCCAUAACGGUUUCCUCGUCCCCGUCAUGGGCCCUGCCCUGCACAAGUCGUCGGUGGACGAGAUGAUAGCCAGCACCGCCUACCUGGAUCUUUUCCUGCGCAGCAUAACGGAAACAUCGCUGCUCAAAACCUUCCUGCGCUUCAUCCUGCUGCAUCGCCACGACAAUGACACCAUCCUAGACACGCUGCUCACACGCAUCAGCAGCAAUUCAAGGCUCUGCAUGGUUUCUCUGAGUCUAUUCAGGACUCUCCUGUCCUUGCAUUGUGAAGACAUCAUGCUGCAGCUCGUUCUCAGGUAUCUUCUGCCCUGCACCCAUGUAAUGCUGAGUCAGCGUCGCGCUAUCAGGGAGACGGACAUGUACGGGAAGUCUGCGAACAAAUUCCUGUCUCUGAUUCCAGAGUGCUGUCGGCUAAACGCAACAAGCUCCGCCGAUCGGGAUGACGACAAUCCAUUCUGGGGCAAAGUUCUAAACAAUCCAAGCACUGAAGCUCCUGCUCCACCCAGACCUAGCACCCCUUCCCGCUUAUCCUUCUUCAUGCGGCAGCAGAGCAGCAGCAGUGGAUCAGGAGGAGGGGGUCCUUCCAACCCCAGCGUGGAUCCACUCCACUCGGGUCCAUCCCACAGUCCGUCCCCCGACAGUCCCAUGCAUCAUCAGCAUUCCACCCACACAGACUGCCUAGAGUGGGAUGCAGGCUACCUAGAGUACCUUAAGGAUGCUCGUCGGGGAAUCGAGCAUUGCUCGUGGGCCUGCCGUGAUUGGUCCGCCCCUUAUGAUGGAGAAAACCCGUCCCCUAGCACAGCCCCCCUGCCUCCCCCUCCCCCCACCUCUAACCCCUCCAUGGCUAUAUUUCCAGAGCACUUCUCGUUCCAGCAUGGAGGAAGCAGUACUCCUCCAGCCCAGCAGAGGGCUGCCGUUGUGGCGGCGGCGCGGUCGGAGUGGAGCAGCUCGGAUCGGGACAGCGGCGAAUGGGAUGUCACGAUAGGCAAAAACAACUGCAUCAGUCUGACGCCGCGCUCCAAGAAGCGCACGCUGCAGACGGAGGAACUCUCUAAACCCGUCCCACCUCUCGUCCCUUCCUCAUCUGCAGGCUCCCCGUUAUCAGCCUCGCACUCCGCCUCUUUGCCAAGUCAGCACAUAUCGGCAUCCACCAUCACUGUGAGCUACCAGCCUAUGUACAAUGGAACCGUCGGACAGGGGGACGGCUGCUCGGACAGUCGGGAUAGAGGGCUAGAAGUGAAGAAAGUUAAAAGAGACUUGGGAGAGCAACCGUCGUUGGAUGAAAACGCCAAUCAGAACGGGUCACCCAUCUCCUACCCAUCCCACAGUCACACUGCUGUCACCCAAUCCGUGUUCAGCAGCACAAACGGCAGCGAUGGGAAAUCUCUUCAGUUUCCCACGCAAACCACCGCCCCUCAUACCAAACAGCUGACCAACAGCAUCUCAGGCCCACACAGCACAUCCUCAGAUCUUCCAGAAACCAACCAAACACAGCAGUCUGUGGAGCGGCUCAUUGAAGAGCUGCUAGAACAGUCUCCAGACGACCCCCAGCUCCCCUCAGAUGCCAACGGUCAAGGCAUCACCAUCGAGGCCUUUACCCAGGAGCUGAGAGAGCUGGAGGACAGGGUGAAGGAGCGAAGCCAAGCUGCCUUCCAGCCAUCGGAUACAGCUGUAGACUCCCCGUCAGCCGAGCAGCUAGAAGAGGAACAGCUUUCCACAGCACUCAAUGCAAAACUAGCCAGUGACGGGAAGGGGGAGGGAUCUGAGGUGGGAAUCUUCAGUCCUGCCAAACCGCUUAACCAGCCUGCCUCACAACCGUAUACAGGCCCAUUUAUGGUGGUUCUGUUUGCCAAGCUGGAGAACAUGCUCCAAAACUCAUUGUACGUCAACAUCCUGCUCACUGGCAUCGUAGCCCAGCUGGCCUGUUAUCCUCAGCCUCUCCUGCGCUCCUUCCUGCUCAACACCAACAUGGUCUUCCAGCCCAGCGUCAAGUCACUGAUCCAGGUUUUAGGUUCUGUAAAGAACCGCAUUGAGGCAUUUGCAGCUUCUCAUGAAGACUUCCCUGCCAUGCUGAGGAAAGCCCAGCAGUACCUGGUGGCUCGGGGGAAAUUGGACUGGACUGACAUGCCUGCAGCAGUCCCCCCGCUGCGGCGCUCUGAUUCACUAAUUAAAAGUCGGAAGCCAUCUCUUGGUGAACUGAUCCUCCGACACACCAACAGUCCCACCCGGGCCCGGAACGCAGCUCAGCUGGCUCUCGCUCACGUCCGGGACGGCGGCCAAUCACUGCACAGCGCUUUGUUCCGGGGGGGCAGCGGCUCGUCGGGGCUCGAGAAGCAAGCGGAGGCGCUGCGGGUGAAAAACGCAGUGUACUGUGCUGUUAUUUUCUGUGAGUUUCUCAAAGAGUUGGCAGCCAUGGCUCAAGAGCACGCCGUCACUUUACCUUUCCCUCGGAGCCAAAAUGCUGAGGAGUAGACUGGUAAAAACAGACCCUUCUAUCUUGGCUCUUGGCUUCCCUUUUUUUAAACUUUUAAAUGUUUCACCAGACUGGAGCACUGAGAGCCUCUAUCAUUGAAAUAAUCAUCUGCGACGGUGCAGACAGCAAGACUGGAGGAAAACAGUGGCAUUUUUCUACCAAUAUGAUGAUAUGAAACAUCUAUUUCACUCCUUUAACUUAGAGCUUGGGCAUAUCAUGUGUUUUAUUUACAUUCUGCACACAGGGAAUCUCAGUAAAUAAUUAAGACUCUGGAGCUUGUAAAUAAACGUACCAUGCCAUGGUAUCAUGUGACCGAUUAAAAGAAGUAGGUGCACAAACUGGUGCUAGUUUAUACUCAUGUUUUCAUUUGAAAGGGUGCUCUCAGGUAGCACAGACACGAAGGUCCCUUCCUCAUCAAGAUGAAGACAAACACCAAAUAUUUCUUGGCAGGAGAACAUUAAACUUUAAUUAGAGUCUGUAUUUGUAUAUCAACCUCAUCUUAGCUUUUUUUCAAUGCUUUUAUUGUCCAUUUAGGAUCGGCCAAAAAUGAUCUGAUUUUACUAAAUUGUCAGAAUCCAUGGUCUUGAUUGGAUAGCUAAAAACUGGAAAACGAGGAGAGGGAGAACAUUUUUAUUUUUAAAGGAAUUAGAAAAUGUACUAGAAAGUGUUAGGUAAUUAAUGCCAGUUUUAUGUUGUUUUCUUUUAUUUUGCACCAUUUAGUUGACAUAUCAGCAGCAUGUGGGUGUAGGCAUGUGCCAUUGUGUAAGUUUAUUUGAAUGAAUGCCUCCUUUCCAAAGGGUGAAGCUAGAUUCUUCAGGCCGUUACUGAGUCAUCAGCCCAUCGCCAUAAAGGAGGCUGGGACAAAAAAAGACAGUGAUGUGUGAAGUCAAAUCAUUAGUCAUUUAAAUGAUCUAUGAGCUAGCAUUGUUUAUUUUCUUUAGAGCCGGGGCAUAUUUUCAUUUGACUUUAAAAUGGUUAAGAAAAUCUCUUUGUGAUUAAUUAGUUAGCUACUAAUUACGGUCUAUAUAAGCCAUCUCUAUUCUGUUUUACUUUUGUCUUUGUUUUUUUGUCUUAGUUAAAAGGCCAGCCUGAUCAAAGAACUUGUCUUGAAAAUUAACAUGCUGCUAUAAAUGUUUAUUUUUUUAACACUAAUUGUGUCAUAGCUACUGUUUCUUUAGUUUGUUCUUAGGUACCAGAUAUUAAUGUGCAUGUGAGGGUGUUCAAUUAAUGAAGCCAGUUGUGAUCAGCAUUCUGAAGUUGAAUUAAGUUGCAGUUAUUCAGUGUUAGAUGUUUUUACAAAUUUUUUUGGUUGUUGUCAUCUGAGAAAAACGUUUUGUUUUCUGCACUUUUUAAAAAAGUUGAAAUUCUUUUUUUUUUUUUUAUAGAGAUGCACUGAUCUAAAUGUUGGUGCUGAUUUCUGGUUUCGGUGAAGCUUUGAACUGACAAUAUAAUUUUCCUCAAAGGUUUUAAUGGAAAAGAAAAAAGCUAUUUUUUUUUAUCUUCUUCUUGAGCAGCAAUCUUAAUUUUUUUGCUUUUAACAUAAGGCACAGAUUCAGGAUCAGACUGUGUGAACAGAUCCUGUAAAUCAGGAUUUUGCUAUUAGUUUUUAAUGCCUCCAAACUGAUUUACAUUCAGAGAUUAGCAUUGCUAGCCAUGCUAGCCGUGCAUUCAAUGCAGUGUUUAAGUCCGCGGGAAUGUAAAUCUGUUUAAAGUGAGAAUUGUAAAACGCCGUUGUGAUUUCCAGCAUGUUCCUUGACAACCUGACUUUGAUGGCCCGGAUGGAUAAUAGCAGAGCCACUUUACAGAAGACAUUUAGCGUUGCUGUUUUUAACUUUUUAAGUCUUCUACUCUCUUCCUUCCAGUCUGAUUAAACUCCAGUCUUAAUUUUUCUUUAAAAGUGUAAAGCUCCCAUAAUCUCUAUGUUGCCUUUAUUCCUAAACCUUUCUGGUACCUAAAACUGGACGUGUUUCCAUCAGUGUUUGUUAAUGUGCAAUUUUAAAAAUCGCUGGAUGGAAAAGACAAAGUUUCAAUCAACUCACUAAGUUUCACAAAGUUUUUCCACUCACUUAAGGUGAUUUUUGACUUUUUUUUUGGAAAAGGGUAAAUGCACUAAAUAGGAGGUAGAAACACAUUUAAAUGUGUUUAAUAAGUUGACGUCACAUGAUUGAUCAACUCUUUCCACCACAUCAGAAUCUUAAUCCACUCUCAGUGUCUCUGGAAGGCCUGUACCAUCACUACAUGAUAAAGUACAUACAACUUGUCCAAUUGCAACAUAUUCAUUAAAACCUUGUUCCACGCACCAGCUGGCUGCCUCCACUUCCUGUUUAUUACAGUCCAAGCUAAACGUCGUUGAAUGGCGACGUUAUUAGCAUCGUCUCGUUAAUCCAAACCAGAGAAACAUGUGAAACUUUAAGUUUCCUUUUCUUCGACAUUUAAGUUUGCAUCCAUAUAUAAGAGUGUUUGUUUUAAUCACCAAACAGAAAAAGAUCAAAUAGAUCCAAAUUGUUCAUUCGGCCGCUUACGGCAAAUUAACUGGCUGGAAAUUUUUCGGUGCAUCUCUAUUUUGAAUUAUGGAGACUCUUUAGAGAGCAGCGUGACGAUAAGUGGCUCAGCUUCUUAUGGGACUGGUUUCCUUUACGUUCUCCAAGUUGUGGCAGGAAAAAAAAAAAAAACUGCCAUCCUGUAAAGAAUUUUUUACUGAGAUCUGAAAUCUUUUCACAUUUACAUCUUUACCAAAAAAAAAAAGAAAACAAAAAGGCUUUUUUCAGUGUGCUGAAGCCAUGUUUUAUUAUCAUGUUUGUAAGUUUGGUACUUCAUUGCACCACUUUUCUACCGAAUUUCUAAACCCAUUUCAUACCAGAUCAUAAUUAUUAAUUUAACCGAUACUAAAACGCUUCUGCAUGCCCGUUUAGGCCAGGCUUAGAGAAAUGUGAGUAUUUGUGAAGUGUUGAUGAGUUUUUUAGUUUUUUGUCUGCAGUUGUUGGAAGAAAGAAAAGCAGGUUUUUCACUGAAUGUCUCUUUACAUGCAAAGUUAAUCCACUGCCAUCUGUACACCCAUCGAUCUCCCCCCAUCAGGUUUCUAUUUUUACAACUAAGAUUGUAUUUUUUUUUCUUUUUUUUUUACCAACUUUUCAACCAGAUGGAUUAAAUUGUAAAUAUGAUUGUUCUUAUUUUGAUCGAAUAGUGUCAUGUAGUGAUCUGUUUGCAUCCAUAAACACCAAAGACAAUCGCCUGAAACCCACAGCCCCCACAUCCACCCGCAAAUCUGUACAUUGGAAUGUAUAGAUUUUUAAUGUAUAUUUUAAGAUUUUCCGUGUAGGAAUAAUCUUAGUGGGAAAUAAGUACAGUAAACCUCAUUUGAUAGAAUGUGCCAAUUUUGAUUUUUAGGCUUGUAAUGUUCAGGCUUAUUCAUUUUUUUUAAGUUAUGCUCUUUGUACACACUCCCAAACGUGUUUAACAUUUUUGUUUACUUUCCCCUAGUUUUUUUUUUCUUUUUUUUUUUUACAUAUUAUAAAAAGACAGAUACAAAAAAUUUUUAAAGAGGCAUAUAAAGGGAAUAUAUCCUACCAGGGACUUUGACGUCUUCCUAAUCUGUAAACAAACCUUUUAUUUUUUUUUUAGUCCUUAUUUUGUAUAACAAAACAAAAAAAGAAGAAUUGAGAUAUGCCAAAUCUAAUCAAUGCUUCAUUGUACCUCUAAUUAUUACUCAGCUCUCCAUUCGCUGCCUCUUGUUCUAAACACUCCCAGCUAUCAUAAUAAAUGGUAAUUGUAAAAAGAAGACGGUAUAAAAGUAGAAAAGAUCAAUAAUUAAUAAAUUCAUAUAAGCGAUUGGAAGUUUUAACCAGUCUGGCUG